AUGCUAGCGACCAGCGCCGUCGUCCUCGCCAUCAGACUCCCCAUCGACCAGCGCCGUCCUCGCCGGUCGUCCUCGUCGGUCGUCCUCGCCAUCUGUCGCCGUUCGUCUAUCCAUUUAUCGUCGUUCGCCGUCGGCAGCCAGGUGAGAGUGGUUUGGGAUUCGAGGGAGGGAAAGGGGAAAGUUGGGUUAUAUGUGAGGAUAGUCGAUUGA